CCCGCGCCCAGGUCCCUCCCCCUUGGCGGGCGCUCACAGGCCGCACGGGCAGCGCUAGCCCCGGAGCCCCCGCGGCCUGUGCGCCGGGAGCCGGCAUGGACCCCGAGCGCUGCGCGCCUUUCGGCGUGGGGCCCGGGCCCGGCCCCUACGCGGCCGCGGGGGACGAGCCACCCGGCCCGCAGGGGACCCCCGCCGGCGCGCCUCACCUGCACCCCGCGCCGUCCCGCGGCCCCCGCCUGACCCGUUUUCCAGCCUGCGGGCCCCUGGAGCCCUAUCUCCCCGAGCCGGCCAAACCGCCCGCCAAGUACCUGCAGGAUCUCGGGCCCGGCCCGGCGCUCAACGGCAGCCACUUCUACGAGGGCCCCGCGGAAGCUCAGAGCCCAGAGCUGGUCACUUCCUUUGGGCAGAUCCUGUUCCAACAGACUCGGAAGGCCCAAGAGCCAGCUGAGGAGAAGGCCUCCAAAGCUGCCAGCUUCCCCCAGCUGCCCUUGGACUGCCGAGGGGGCCCCAGAGACGGGCCCUCUAGCUUGCAAGGCUCCCCGGGCCCUUGUCUGGCCAGCCUGCGUGUCCCUCUGUCCCCGGGACUCCCGGACUCCAUGGAGCUGGCCAAGAAUAAGAGCAAGAAGCGCCGGAACCGCACGACCUUCAGCACGUUCCAGCUGGAAGAGCUGGAGAAAGUCUUCCAGAAAACCCACUACCCAGAUGUGUACGCCCGGGAGCAGCUGGCUCUGCGAACGGAUCUAACUGAGGCCCGGGUACAGGUGUGGUUCCAGAACCGCAGAGCAAAGUGGCGGAAGCGUGAGCGAUACGGGAAGAUCCAGGAGGGGCGGAACCCCUUCACAUCUGCCUACGACAUCUCUGUGCUGCCCCGAACUGACAGCCACCCGCAGCUGCAGAACUCCCUGUGGCCCACUCCAGGUUCUGGAAGCCCCCCCGGACCCUGCCUCGUGUCUCCAGAGGGCAUGCCCUCGCCGUGCAUGUCUCCGUAUUCCCACUCUCACGGGAAUGUGGCCGGCUUCAUGGGGGUGCCAGCUUCCCCUGGAGCCCAUCCUGGCAUAUACUCCAUCCAUGGCUUCUCCCCGGCCCUGGGGGGUCACGGCUUUGAGCCUCCCCCAGAUGGCGACUAUAAGUCUCCAAGCCUCAUCUCGCUCAGGGUGAAGUCCAAGGAGCCACCCACCCUACUGAACUGGACCACGUGAUUGGUUGUGUAGACAUGCAGACUACGCUGCCCACCCCGCUUUUCUGUUCCCAGCUGCUCCCACCCCAUUCCAGCCUGGGGGCCAGAGAGGACAUACCUCUGUCUCCAAGCCCCAGAGAUGGUUCCCGGAGGCCCCAGGAGAGCAGCUGGGAUACUCAGCCUCCUGCAGGGGACAAGCUAGAGUUUUUUUUUCUCUUAAAAUAAGGUGGGGCUGCCCAGGACAAACGGGGCUGCAAAGCAGGUAGGACUCUUCCUACUACACACUGGGUCCCUUCAUCCAACUCUGGGCUCGAGGAAGACACUUGCCCUGCUUCCUUCAGACUUUGUCUGAGUUUAAGUGUCACCCCACCAGCUGAAAUGGCUGAAUUGGUUCCUCAUUCAGGGAACCCAGGAGAAUAAGAGGAUGGCAAAGGUUGAAGCUGGAAAAGCUCUCCGUGACUUAGGGGAAACCUGGCUUGCAUGAGCAUCUGGGGCCAGCCUUAUUUCCCCCAACCACCACUAGGGGGCGAGCGCUCAGCAUCUGGAGCUCACAAGGGUGCAUAGGCUGUCCCUGGAAAUGGUGCCAGGGCACUCCUGAUCCAGCCUACCCCUUAACUCCUGCCCUGUGCUCCCUCUCCCAACAUGCCACGGAGUCCUCUCCCCCUGCAAGGGGGCAGAAAGUCCCCCAGACACCACCAAAUAUUUGGAUUCUCUUCAAUGGGAUAAGGCCAGAGCUAUGCCAUGGAAACUGUAGGCUCCCUUGGUUUACUCGUUAGAUGUUGGUAAGAAUAAAAGAGAUUUCCACAGAGUCUAAGCCCCUGAGAUCUCAACACCCCCUUUUGUAAAAAAAAAAAA